ACGUUACUCCCGUUUUAAGUGCUUUCUGUUCAACCAAGUUAGCGUUGAUAACACAUUGCUGUUUAGGAUCUCGCUCACCUCCGUGUCACCAUAUCACCGUCCUAUAUGUCCAAGAAUCGGAGACCUUGAAGCAGUAACAUCACUUAGCAGCUAAGGGUUCGUCAUGACAAACUGAUCAGAUUACAACCAUCCUGACGGCUCAGAGGCCAGGACAUCCAGGGGUAGUGUGAACACACGCUUCUUUAAAUGGGAUGCAAGACCGCCUAUAAAGUUUAUCUGCGGGGAAUCACUCUGGACCGACUGUAGCUUAAACUUGUGCAUCAAUGAAUGAGGAAACCCUCGAGAGCCCACUCCAGGGCACAGAGACUGUAGCUGAAGAUGCAGAACAAAGAACAGAUACGACUAUCGGUGAGAGAGACACUGUAGAAGAUGAUGUGCGACAAAGCUCAGAGAAUAAGAGCAGCGAAACAGAGAACACUUCCGAUGCUGCACCAGAACCAUCAGAUGGUGUGAAUACAGAGGAAACCCACAGCGCUGGUCCUGCAGAAGAAAAAGCAGCAGAGGAGAAAGAGGAGGCUAAGGUUUCUGGUGGCGAGCCUCCUGUUGACUGGUUUGAGCCACUUGAAGAUGAUGACGAUGCCGAAAGCAAUGAUAGAAAUGAUCCAGAGGAAGAGAGCCUGGCAGGAGAAAGUGAAAGGAGCGAGAGUGUGGCUGGCAGUGAGAGCACCUUCAAAAAGAUCUAUCAGCUUCAAGCACCUCGUCGUAAACGAUCACACCCUGAUGAGGGAUGGGUCGACUGGCCUGGAUUGGGAGAGGGCUGGAAGCGCAAAGAGGUCGUUCGACGCUCUGGCUCCAGCAUUGGCCAGACGGAUGUGUAUUACUUAAGUCCACGUGGUGAUCGAGUGAGAAGCAGAGUAGAGCUGGCUUCAGUGCUGGAAGGACAGGACUUGUCCAACUUUGAGUAUAAGACGGGCAAGUUCUAUGAUAGCGAAAACCCGCUCCCGAGAGUUCGAAACAGAAAGAGAAAGGUCCGCGAACGUUCUUCCUCAGAGUCCAGCUGGAUGGAGAGGGGAGAGGGGGCAGACACUCCUGACUCUCAUCACAGGCUCACCCCAAGCCUCGGGCCUAAAAAUGUCAACUCCAGUCAGACAAAUGUCCCUUUGAACAGUACAGUGGGAACUCCAACUCAAGGGCCUCGAAAUGAGGAUCCACCCUCCGAGGAUAAAAUCAGACUUCCCGCUCCCUCGUCAUCUCAGUCGCGUCCGCUCCCGUCCAUAAAUGGAGAGAUCGGGUCAGAGGACAGCACCCUGAUCUGUGCCAGAUGUGGCAUUUCCUUCACAGGCACGUGGUACGACAAACAAAGAAAGAGGCCCUGCUGUCCCACCUGUUGGGUUGCUUCAAAGACGAAAGAACAUCCAAUGAUUCGCUUCAGAAAGUGGAUUCCUUGCGGUCAGUGUGUGGGAUGUCAUAACACAGUCAAUUGUGGGCAGUGUGCCAAUUGCAAACAUGGGCUGCAGAGCCCCGAGUCCCGGAAACGCAUAUGCCGAAAACGCAAAUGUAUAUGUCCUAUUCGCAAGGGACCUGGAAGCGGCGGCUUCAUGCAGCAGAGGCCUUACAAUGACAUUCCUGAGACAUUUGAUGACAGCAUGAGUUUCCAGAGUGAAGUUACAGAUUCACAGCACCCCAGUCUCAAAAGCAGCGACACAGAGAACUUCUCAGUCAACGUGGAUGUUGAUGAUGAGGAUGACAUGUCGACUGAUGAUGACGAUGAUUGGCACAAAAAGCGGAAGCGGCGUUCCUGUGGAGAAUGCAAGGCCUGUCUCUGUAGGAAAGACUGCGGCACGUGUGAUUUCUGCAUAGACAAGCCCAAGUUUGGGGGCAGCAACAAGAAAAGGCAGAAGUGUCGUCUACGUCAGUGUCAGAGACAGGCAAUGAGACAUUUGCUGCCUUUCCAGAUGGGACAAGGUGAAUACGGACCAGAAGGCCCGAUGCUGCCGGGCCGACCCAGACCUCACUACACAUACAGUCGCAAAUCAGGUUUAAAGAAAAGCCGAGGGUCUCAGAUGGGCUUGGAUUUAACUGACAAUGAAGAUGAUGACAGUAAUUUACAACCAAUUAACUGGAGCUCGUCACCCGUGAGAGGUAGCAAACACUCUUUUGACAUGAACGUGGGAAACCACCAAUCAUCUAUGCAGCAGUUGAAUAAUUCAGAUUUUGGAGCGCGGAAUGGGCUGUCGGACCGAGUCCCUCACAUCAGCAACCACAGCAGCCCACACCAAGACCAGCAAAACAAAUGGGAUGCAGAGAGAGCUCAAACUGGCAGAGAUGGCCCAAAGCAAGCUGCUGAAGAUGAUGAGGAUGAGUUGCCGAUGAUUACGCAGAUCUUCAGUUUGGCUGAUAACACAGUUGGGACUGGUGCAGACGCAGAAAACCAGCUCAUGAAACUACUAGACUCCUUACGCUCCUCUGUACUGCCAAUACUAUGGUAUGCUAUAAUGGUGGAGGGCCCACAGCUGCAGCUAAUCCAGUGUUCUAAGCAGUCCAGCAUGACCGACACCAUGGUGCUGAUCGACCCGGGCUUCUUCUAUCAGGUCACUGUCCAAAAGCAACCGCUGCUUCCCACCCACCCGCUGUACGACUGUUACCCAGCACGCCUAACCUCAGUGACCGAGGUGGUCAAUCUGCUUUUGGGCCUGGAGAAGUACUCUGUGUGCCAGGGAAUGCCCCCUAAAGAACCAUUACAUUAUAAAGACCCCAUCAUACUGGAGCGCUCAUCAACAUGUGAUUUCUUGGUUAAGAAGAAUGUGGGUAUUUGUAAUAACUGCAGAGCACUUCAUGGACUUUAACUUCAUCACAUACAGAAAUUAAAACAUGUGUGACCGGAGUGGAGAGUGCUGGUUUUCUGGUUACACUUGCUGCCAUUUUAUUCGGCGAUGAGAUAUAUCAAAAUUUUACAGACUUACCUCUGGACUGUAAAUUAUUUUAAGAAUCACCAAAGGCAUUUCAGGAGCUGUGACAUUAUAACCCAGGCGUGUUUCUUCUCAGAUGUUUUAUUAUGUAGGUGUAGGACUUUUCUACUUGACUGUUAUGUGUCAGGGUUUUCGCAGUGUGUUGGAUAAAGCUGAAAUCAAUAGGCCCUCUGUGUGGUUAGUAUGCUAUUGGUUGAUUCACACUCUUACUUGAGGAAUAUCCCUCACCCUCCUUACCAUUAUUCCACAUUUAAGUAGUCCUUUUUUGCUCUUAGUCUACAAAUAAAAGUAUAUCAUUAGAAAUCAGCCCAUUCCCUGUAGCGUUGGGCAUAAACAUUGCUGUCAUGCUACCUGUUUCAUGUGUACCAUAUAUGGGUUAAAUGGAGAUUCCUUUUGGUAAAAUCGAGUGUGCAUCUCAACCACUUUUUAAACAUUUUUUAAAAGUAUAUUCACAAGUAUCAUCAUGGUUGUCACUAACACUCCGUUUCUUAGUUUUACUUGACAUGCUGCAUUUGCUCCCAGUGACGGUACCAAGCCCAGAUAAAUGGGAGAGUUGUGUCAGGAAGGGCAGCCGGUAUAAAAAUGAGUGUCAAAUCAAACGUGUGGAUCUAUCUGCUGUGGUGACCCCUUGGGAAAUAAGGGAACAGCCAAAGUUACCUUUUUUUUUUUUAAUUAGAAAUAGUUGAAUUGCCAUCCUAACGGAUUCUAAUGCUUCUGCUGAUUCUGGGCUGAAAUCCCAUUUCUUUAUUCUUUAAUCUGAUUGUAAAGUAAACCACGAUUUGUUAGCUCCUCAACUGUAGGCUGAAUACGUAGCAAGCAGCAGCAUAUGUGGUGUGAUAUAGUUGAUCUGACCGUAAAAAUUGAAGCGAUAUUCUCCCGUGAAAAAAAAAAGUCCGAUUACUUUCAGAGGUUUAAUCUCAUAACUUUGUUGUCCAGCAUUAGACAAUACAGAGCUUUAAAAAAAAAAAAAGUGUUGUAAACUCCACAAAACUCAACUUUUUCUUAUUUUUAAAAUGUGCUUUUCAACACUGCGUCAAAGUGAAGAAAAGGACCUGAAAAGUGGUUAAUAUCAUCACAAACUGACCAAAAUGAGUUACAGACAAACUGCAUUAAAUUUGUAUGACCCACAAGCUCCAAGUAGGAGCAGGCCACAGUUUAAAAAGACUCAGGACUUCUGAGGUAAUGAUUUGCCAGAUUAUACAAUAAAAUUAAAAGUCAAAUAUUUAACUGAAUAUUCUCCAAAUUCUCCAGUUAUGCAAUUAUGCAGUUAUGCCUUUAAAAA